AUGGCCGAGAAGAAGGACCUGGAGGCCGGUGAUCCCGAGCUAGAAUGUGGGAAGAAGAUGAUGGACCUCCCGACGCUCCCGAAGCCGCUGACCCUCGAGGAGAAGAAGUAUCUUCUCGCUGUGGAGCGUGGGGAUAUGGGCAAUGUUAGAAGAAUUCUCCAAAAAGCUCAUCGCAAGAAGCAUAUAGAAAUCAACUGCGUGGACUCGUUGGGUCGUGGUGCUUUGACCUUGGCUAUCGAUGGGGAAAACCUGGAGAUGGUGGAACUACUGGUCAUCAUGGGUGUGGACACCAAGGAUGCUCUGCUGCAAGCAAUCAAUGCUGAGUUCGUGGAGGCAGUGGAACUGCUGUUGGAACACGAGGAGCUGAUACAUAAAGAGGGAGAACCUUACAGUUGGCAGAAAGUAGAUCCGAACACAGCGAUGUUCACGCCCGACAUUACUCCACUGAUGUUAGCAGCUCAUAAGAACAACUAUGAGAUCAUCAAGAUACUGCUGGACCGUGGAGCCACGUUACCAGACCCUCAUGAUGUCAAGUGUGGUUGUGAGGAGUGCAUCCGCGAGUCUUCGGAGGAUUCCCUCCGGCACUCACUGGCCCGGCUCAACGAAUACAGGGCUUUAGCUUCACCGUCUUUAAUCGCUCUAUCUUCAACUGACCCUAUCCUGACUGCCUUUCAACUGUCUUGGGAAUUACGAAACUUGGCUUUUGCUGAACAGGAAAGUAAAGCAGAAUACCUAGAGCUUCGUCGACAAGCACAACUGUUUGCAGUAGACCUGUUAGAUCAGUCGCGGAGUUCUCAAGAGCUGGCCAUUAUCCUGAACCACGACCCUGACGAACCGGCCUUUGUGGACGGCGACCAUAUGAAACUAGCGAGGUUGGAGCUUGCCAUUGAUUUUAAGCAGAAAAAGUUCGUAGCCCACCCCAACAUCCAACAGCUGCUCGCUUCCAUCUGGUACGAGGGCGUCCCAGGGUUCCGUCGGAAGACCACUAUGGAGAAGAUCAUGAUCAUCUGCCGCGUAGCCUUGCUGUUCCCCUUCUACUGCAGCUUGUACAUGGUGGCCCCCAACUGUUCGACUGGAAAGCUCAUGAGGAAACCGUUUAUGAAGUUCUUGAUCCAUGCGUCUAGUUAUCUCUUCUUUUUGCUGAUUCUAAUUCUGGUGUCACAAAGAGCGGAGGUUCAAGCGAUACAACUGUUUGGUCCGGAGUGGAUGGUCAAAGAACUGGAAAAAGAACUUCUGAAACAGAGAGGAAAUGGACCCACGUAUUUGGAAUUGGUUGUUGUUGUUUAUGUACUUGGUUUCAUAUGGGAAGAGACCCAAGAAAUCUACAUCGAAGGCAUUCGCUCCUACCUCCGGAACAUGUGGAACUUCAUCGAUUUCACCAGGAACUCCUUAUAUGUUGCCGUUGCCGUCCUGAGGUUCGCUGCCUACAUCCAACAGACCUCGGAGAUCAGGAGAGACCCUCAGACGAAGUUCAUACCGAGAGAGAACUGGGAUGCCUUCGAUCCACAGUUGAUUGCUGAAGGAUUGUUUGCUGCAGCUAAUAUAUUUAGUGCCUUAAAGCUGGUCCACCUGUUCUCCAUCAACCCUCACUUAGGACCGCUUCAGAUCUCUCUCGGUCGGAUGGUCAUAGAUAUCGUCAAGUUCUUCUUCAUCUAUAGUUUGGUGCUGUUUGCCUUCGCUUGUGGUCUAAACCAAUUGCUGUGGUACUUCGCGGACUUGGAAAAACGCAAAUGUUACGUGUUGCCGGGCGGUCUGCCGGACUGGGACAACGCGGGGGACUCCUGUAUGAAAUGGAGAAGCUUCGGAAACGUCUUCGAGGCAUCGCAAUCUCUAUUCUGGGCCUCCUUCGGCAUGGUCGGCCUGGAGAACUUCGAACUUGCCGGCAUCAAGAGCUACACGAGGUUCUGGGGGCUGCUGAUGUUCGGCUCAUACUCUGUGAUCAACGUCAUCGUGUUGUUGAACCUCCUCAUCGCUAUGAUGUCCAACUCUUAUGCGAUGAUCGAUGAACAUUCAGAUGUCGAAUGGAAGUUCGCUCGCACCAGGCUGUGGAUGAGCUACUUCGAGGAGAGCGCGACUUUGCCUCCUCCUUUCAACAUUCUUCCGACGCCCAAGCUGUUACUCAAGAUGCUUGGCCUGAGGAAGAAGGAUAAACUGAGGAAGAUGAAGGGGAAAGAACAAAAAGAGAAAGAACACGAUGUGCGUUACACAGCAGUAAUGCGAGCUCUAGUCUGGCGCUACGUGUCAGCUAUGCACAGGAAGAUGGAUGAUGAGCCGGUUACGGAAGAUGACAUUAACGAGCUGAAGGGAGACGUGUCGGCUCUGAGGUAUGAGCUGCUCGAAGUCUUCGAGAAGAACGGCAUGGACGUCAGCUUUACUGAUAGGAAGGAGAAGAUGGUCCUCGGUAAGCGAAUGAAAGUAUGGGAGCGUCGUCUCAUGAAGGACUUCCACGUGGCUCCAGUGGCGCUGGAUGAAGAGAAACCAGCUGAUGAGGACGGUCUGUCCCGGUUCAGGAGGAUCGCUAAACUGGCCGUGGCUAGCACCACUAACGCUAAAUGGGAUCAGACGCUUGCUGGUACUGGGGUCUCGUCUCAAAUCGGCCGCUGCCGCAGUCGGGAGUCAUUCAAGAACCAGCAGAACUUGCAACGAGCUAUGGAGGAGGCCAGGAAGUUAGUACUGCGGUCGCCACUACCAGGUUCAAGAGUGGGUACUCCGAUCGAGAUGCCCAUCAGCCCGGGACACACGCUGCUGGAGCUCAUCAAGGACAUAUCCACGGAAGUCGGGGAGCCGGUUGAACCGACCACCUCCCCGCCCAAGUCUCCUUGGAAACCACCAGGAGAAGAAGGCACAUCGGGUAUCGCAGCAGGGGCCUUGCUGUCGGCUGUGGACGCUCGCAGCCGACCGGUGUCACCCAAACCCACCGCGCCCAGCCCUACACCAUCUAUCUCUGUGGCUCCAGCACCUGCUGUUAAGACUCCAUCAAAAGCUCCAACGCCGGCGCCGUCCUCCCGGGUGGCCAGCCCCAUACCGCCCGCCGUCAGCCCAACAGGAGAUGGUACUACUUCACCCCAACCUGAUCCAAGUCCUCUGAAGGCGAAGCGAGUUCCUGGAGAGUCACCACCGAAGGUUAUCAAGAGGAAGUCACCAGGACCACCAUCUGCUGGUGAGGAACAGGCUGCAGAAAAGCCUGAUGAAGUGAGUGGCAAGCCAGAUGAUAAGAUAGCUGUGGCUCGGCCCGUGGCGCCUGAGAUCAAACCUUCAGAAGGAGCCAUACCACCUCCACCACCGCCUGUCAAGCCUAAGGCUCCAGCUGCCCCUACCAUGGAGGUGACCCCAAGCACUCCACCAGUCCACGCGGCCGCGCCCCCCGCGCCCCCCGAGCCCAGCAAGCCCCCCACUCCACCAAAGGUAGCCCCACCACCGCCCAGGGUCGCCUCCCCUCAACCAUCCACUUCCGCUGCAGCUAACCCAAACACAAGAAUAAAUGUAUUUCUGUUCUCCCAUUACCAGCCGCCCCCCACGCCGCCACCACCGUCACCGCCAAAGCGUCUGACUUCCACCUCCAGCACGGAACAGCUGAUACCACCGUCAUCUCCCGAACCACUCCGUCCAGUACAGAAGUUGGAUGACAUUAAAACUAUUAAGCGACAGCCGAAGACUGGAUGGCUUUAGAUCUUCGACGUCAUCAAUGGAAUAUUUGAGCUUCUGUUUUUGAAGAGUUACCCCCAAAAGAAGUAAAAAGACUUGUGGAGAAUGGUUCUGAAGUUAAGGAGCUGAUUGAAAACACUAAUUGUUCAAUGCUUGCUUUUCCUUCCUAUGGUUUCUUGAUAUUUUUACUAGCAAUAAUUCUUGAUCAGCAAAAGAAGCCUUUCCUUUCAGCAAUCCUCAGGGUAUUUUGUUAGUCUGGAGUAAGAGAAAAUCUUUCCCUUUAAUAUUUUCGAAGAGUUGAUUCUUCUCUUUUCGGAAGCACGAUAAUUAUAUUGUGUUGAAUUUACGAUAUUGCAAUACCAUACCAAAUUCGAUCUGCUGUAAUAUUGAGAUUGAGCUUAAUGAAGGUCAAAUAAAUAGAUUUUUCUGAUCAAAAGUAAAUAUUUUAUUUGAAAUUUGGAGUAAGGAAAAUAUGGAAGGGAGUUCUCUAAUUAAAGGAGUAUUUAUAUCAAUACGAAUGCUUGAACUGAAUGUUUUUUUUCGUCUUGUUCUUUGUCGCUUGCGCUUUUUGUUGGUAUGCCAAUUACAUAAGUGUGGUGUCCUUGUCUAUUACAAUAAAGUGGGUUCAAAAUAAAAAAAAAUAUCA